AAUACCAAUAAGUGAGGGAUCAUUGUAUUAUCAUCUCCAGCAUAAUGCAAUGAGAAAACUCAUUUUGCAAAUAGACUAAGCCAAAUAAUUUCGGUAAUAGAAUCGUCCAUUUGGCAAGAUGCUCUAAUGUGCUCUUCAUGUCUUAAAUAGGUGACCCCAGGGAUGCCAUUCCUUAAAAACACUCGACUGAAUCUGCCCCGCUCAGUAGCAAUAGAUAAUAAAGCAAAGAAAUCAGGGCUUCGUGGAACUAUAUUUGCAGUCAAUGGAGAUAACUACACUGGUGAAUGGUUGGACAAUAGGAAACAUGGUUGGGGAACCCAAGAGUGGAAGGCAUCUGGUUCGCUAUACAAUGGCGAGUGGAAAUCUGGGAAACAAGAGGGUUAUGGUAUCUUUAGCAUUCUUCGACAGGACACAAAGACGUAUAUGACACAGUACUGCGGCGAGUGGAAAAAUGGAAUGAAACAUGGACAUGGUUCCUUCUUCGAUGUGCAUGCAACUUACGAGGGAGAGUGGAGUGAGGACAAUCGCAGUGGCUGGGGGAGACUCACGUAUAAGUGUGGUGAUCUUUACGAGGGGGAGUGGCUAUGGGAUAAGGAACACGGAAUGGGUGUAAUUCAAUUUGCCAAUGGGAACUGGUAUGAAGGAUCUUGGAGGAACGGCAAGAAAAAUGGUCAUGGAAAGUUCUACUAUGCAGACAAAGGUAUCAUCUAUGACGGCCUUUGGGUUGAUGGGGAUGCAAAAUGUGGAACUCUGUCGGAUUUUGGGAGAGAAGAGGCACCAUUCCCUACCAAGUAUCCAAUUCCACCGGUAACGCUCGUGAACAUGCAAAUGGUUUUAUCAGAAGCGGAGUCUGUAUACGUGGAUGACAGUUGAUGAGGAAACGAGGAAAUGAUCUUCAAUUACAGUACCUCAAGCCACUCAUUGUUUUCUGUGUGAAUUCAUACACACAUGAAAUCAUUAAUUCAUGGAGGAAAAAAAGGCAUAAUGACAACAGGCCAUUACAAGGCCAUCCACAAGAACUGAAAAGGGCACACUUUGCAUUUUGAAGCAAUAAUUCUCUGGAAUAUAUGGCGAAAAAGUUCUGCUCUGAGACCCCUAAUUUGGCCAAAUGUCAAAAUUGUCCGAUAGACAUGUGUAAUACAUCAUAGGAAAGCUCAACAUGUUUAUUUUCUGGGGAAAACAAAUUUUAAACAGGAGGGCAUUUUUUUCACACCUUAUAAGUAUGUCAUACCAGGUGAGUGAAAAGUAGACAUUUUGGAGACCUUUGAAAUUUGAAAGUUUCUCAUUUAAAAAAAGGUUUUGGACACCCAUCCUGGUACAUAAUAAAUGACGAACAUUUCAAGAUGAUCCCCCUUUGUCUACUCAAGUCUUUUAUUAUCAAUAUGCAUGCAAUAAGACAUGUAGGUGGAUGUACAAUAAUAAAAGAAAUUGGUGUGUGAGUGAAUGUGGAUUUAAUUUAGCUUUGUGUUUUAUUUUGUAAAUAUACAUGGCUAAACAGAGAGUUAGCUGUAUAGUUAAUGAUAACUUUACUGCAUACAUUUUUUGAUUUGGCUUGAUUUUAAUCUGUGCAAU